AAGAUAUUGCAGUAUAUUCCUACGACUAUGAUUUAUGUAUGUCUGAUGAUGAUAUUACUCUUAAGUCAAUCAUGUCAUUGUGGAUCCUCUGGGACAACGCCAGAAAAUGGAAAUAACACCACCAAUGGCCCAAGUUUUUGGUCGAGAGCCUUAGGUAGUAGUGGCAUAUUCUGCACAUUAGUUGAAAUUGCGAACGUAUUUAACAACUUUUUCUAUGGAAAAGGAUGAAUCUAGAAGAUUUCGAACUCUAAGAGUUUUGUAUCUAAUUACCAAUAAAGCUUGAUGUUUGUUUCUUUG